UAUUACAGCUGUGCUGCCCUAAGCAACGUGGCAGCCAACGCUCAGCACCAUGAAGCCAUGCUGAGACCUGGCAACAGUUUCCUGCUGCGGACACUCAUCUCUCUCCUGUCCUCUUCUGUGGACAAGGUUUCCAGCCAGGCAUGUGUUUGCCUAAGAAAUCUGGCUACCAGUGCCGACAUCCAGGCGGAGAUGGUCGCUGAGGACGUCCUGCCCAAGCUACGCGCUCUCCUGGCAUCUGGCAGCGAGGAUGUGCGUCGCGCCUCCAUCGCUCUGCUCUGGAUACUGUCCCAGCACCCCCACAACCAGGACACUCUGGCGUGCGUUGAGCUACUACAGAGCUUGGCAAUGCUACUGUCAGUGCAUAAAACAGACCCUGUGAUUGUCGGCCAUACUGCUUGUAUCAUCAAAAACCUGAGCCUUUCCAAAAACAGACAGAGAGUCACCGAGAGCCCGUGUGUUGAAGGUCUCCUCCAGACCGUGCUUUCCAUGGACGGCCGAGAAGACUCUCUUCAUUACGUGACAUCCUGCCUUGCUGAGCUGGCAAAGCAAGAAGGAGCCGUGUUGCGCAUGGUGCAACAGAUGGAUGAACCUCUGACAAAGUGCUUGGUGAGACUGGCUGGCCAACUGGAACACGCUGAGCCAUCCUUUCAAGCUGCCUCCGUUGUCCAGUGCAUGAUGGCUCAUGAGAAAACGAUGCCUUUGUGGAAGCGCCACAUCGGAGAGAUUCAGGCCUACCUCAAGAAUUUUCUCACCCACCGAGAGAUCCGCUUUCAGCAGCUGGGCAUCUCUACCUACUGCAGACUGCGAGGAGAUCCAGAGUUUUCACUAGCCUUCAGGAAAUGCCAAAUGGCCAAACUCCUCGAGCAAGUCCAUCAACAAACAGAAGAAACUCAAGAGCUCCUUAGGGCAGCUAUUUCCCACGAAGACAGUUAA